AAGAUAAUGGGAAUGGUCACACAAUCUUCUUCUUAUAUUAACUUCUCUCUCCCGUAGCCUUUCUUCUACUCUUCUUCUCAUAUUCCUCUUCCUUUUUCUUUCCUUAUAUCGAGAAAAGCCUCUGCCUCAUAUAGAGAUAACUAAACAGAACAGAGCAAGAACUAUACAGCCAUAACAAUGGCUGUCACAAAACUUAUUCUCUUUGCUUCUGCAUUACUUCUAACAGCUCUAUUUAUCGGCGUUAAUGCAUCCAGGUCCAAUGAAACAUGGCAUGAACAUGCAGUUGAGAACCCAGAUGAAGUCGCUGCCAUGGUGGACAUGUGAGUUUUCUCUAUAAAACAAAAGAUAUUCCACGAAUAUAUUUACAACUAUCUUAUGUGAUGUCUUGUAUAUAAAUUAGCUAAUAAUCCUUUUUAGUCUAUCGAAAAAAACUCAAGUCUUACUCGCAUAAAUAAAAUAAAACAAAAAAGAAAAUAAAACUCUUACUUCCAGGGUAUAUCAUCUCGUGAAACUUUUCUGAAAAUGAAAUAAUUAAUCCAUUCAUGUUUGAUAUUUCUUUUAAUCGAGAAAAAACAGGUAAGUAGAAUUUAUGACAAAACAGAGCUCACAUGAAGUUCUCUUGAAAAAGUUUGACACAUCACUUUCAUAUUCUAGUCAAAAUGGGUCCUCCCCAAAGCCACAUUCCUCUGACUAUUCCCUUUUCUUUCUCCUUUUCCAUUAUCAUAAAUAAGUUCAAUAAUGAUUUUUCUUAGAUAAUUACUAGUUUUUCAUCAAAGAUAACCUCUGAUUGCUUAACACAAUGAAACUAUUUUAGAUAAUUAAUUAGGCUUUUUUGGGUUUAAAAUUUAGAUCAUUUAGUUAAACGGUUAACAGAUAUUUGUAUAAGUUGGUUAUUGAUUUAUAGUAGUAGAUUCUAAUGACACCGACAUACUAUAAUUACAGAAAGUUCAUUUCCGAAUUAACCUAAAAGAAAAUAAAUCCGGACUUGACACAACUUUUUACCCUUUUUCACUUUCCUCAACACCUAAAAAGGAAUUUCUUUUAAAAAACGGUUCUAGUCAUAAUUGCAUAAUAUAAGUUUUACAAGAUCUAUAUGUAUGUUUAUGUUCAAUUGUGGUGUGUGAGAGGUACUUUAUGCUUAUUCUCCUACUACUCACAUAGUCACAUGUAAGCAAGUCUUCGGUAGCUUCUGCACCAAAGGCAAUCAUGCAUUUUGAUCAUACAAUAUCUAUUUUAAAAUAAAAUUUGAUAGUGAAAAAUGUUGUGUGGUAUUAUUGAGAGGCAUUGGUCCAGUCUUGAGAACAUGUGUAAUGUUUCAGUACUAAUCUUUGAAACAAUGAUUUGCCAGCCCAUGCACAUGCUCGUGUCACAUGCAAUGACAUAUACUCUUCAUUACAUGUUUUUUCUUUCUCUUGUUCUUUUAUAAGAAAAUCAACAACAAUUCGUUGGACUUGGAUUUUUCAUUAGUCGAUAGAUAUAACCAAUUAACCAUAUAAAUAAUUUUCUUAUGAUAACGAUACACACACACUCUGUCUUGAGUUUGAUCUUCUACAAGAUCUUAUUUACUUGUUUUUAUUUUCGGUAAAAACAAACUUACAAACCAAACUCAACAUGAAAAAAAUAAAAAUAAAAUUGGUAAACAAAACAAAAAAGAGGAGCAUUCGAAACAGCACAGAGCGGAGAAGAUUAGGUUACUUCUCCUGCGCCACCGGCAACCCAAUCGACGAUUGCUGGCGUUGCGACCGCAAAUGGCAGCUCCGUCGCAAACGUUUAGCCGAUUGCUCAAUCGGAUUUGGCCGCAACGCAAUCGGAGGCCGCGACGGUCGUUUCUACGUCGUAACCGACCCUGGAGACGACGAUCCCGUUAAUCCCAUACCGGGAACACUCCGUCACGCCGUGAUUCAAGACGAACCACUCUGGAUCAUCUUCAAACGCGACAUGGUUAUAACCUUGAAGCAAGAGCUGAUCAUGAACAGCUUCAAAACCAUCGAUGGUCGUGGUGUCAAUGUUCACAUCGCUAAUGGAGCUUGUCUCACGAUUCAAUACGUUACGAACAUUAUUGUCCAUGGGAUUCAUGUCCAUGACUGUAAGCCUACGGGUAACGCUAUGGUUAGAAGCUCUCCGUCCCAUUAUGGGUUUAGAUCAAUGGCUGAUGGUGACGCGAUCUCGAUUUUUGGAUCGAGUCAUAUCUGGAUUGAUCACAAUUCGCUUUCUAAUUGUGCUGAUGGACUUGUUGACGCUGUUAUGAGCUCCACCGCCAUUACUGUCUCAAACAAUUUCUUCACCCACCACAAUGAGGUUAUGUUGUUGGGGCAUAGUGAUUCAUACACAAGAGACAAGGUGAUGCAAGUUACAAUUGCUUACAACCAUUUUGGUGAAGGUUUAAUCCAGAGAAUGCCAAGAUGUAGGCAUGGAUAUUUCCAUGUAGUUAACAAUGACUACACUCAUUGGGAAAUGUAUGCAAUUGGUGGUAGUGCUGGUCCAACCAUCAACAGUCAGGGCAAUCGAUUUCUUGCUCCAGUCAACCCAUUUGCUAAGGAGGUGACUAAGAGAGAGUACACAGGAGAAUCGAAAUGGAAGCACUGGAAUUGGAGAUCAGAAGGAGAUCUUUUCUUAAACGGAGCAUUUUUCACACGUUCUGGAGCUGGAGCUGGAGCCAACUAUGCCAGAGCUUCGAGUUUAUCAGCCAAAUCAUCCUCACUCGUCGGCACCAUGACCUCUUACUCAGGUGCUCUUAACUGCAGAGCCGGUCGUCGAUGUUAAUUGAUCAAGAAUCAGAAGAAAAAAAACCUUUUUUUGGUUGUGCAGUAGUCGACAAGUUUACCCGUAUCAGGCCCUAUGUCUUUUCUUCUUCACUUUUUUUUUUUUGUUUUCACUCUUGGGGUCUCUUGCGAUAUAUGCUUCCUAGUGGAUGCGGAGGCCUAAUUUAAACGGCUUCAACUGUAAUAUAAAGUUGUAUGAUUAAUUCUUUUCACCUCUAUUGAUAUAAAGUUGUUUCAUUAGUCGUUAUCUCGCUUUACUGGCCUUAAAGCACUAAAUGUACUUUGG